UUUAAAAAAUAUAUCUAAUUUUGUUGUUGUUCUUCUUCUCUCCCUCUUUCAUCCGACGUUUGCUUUUUUCUCCGGCGAGACCACGCGACUUCUUCUUCUUCUCUCCGUCGUUUCAGUUUGGGUUGCAGAGCGAGACCGAUCGCCGGAGAGCGAGACGAUAAAGCUCAAUCGCGUGCGCGGGGUUCGGUUUUAGUAAUUUCACCCGUGAGACAAAGGAUUAGAAAAAACCUCAUUUUAAAAAAGUAGGGCAAAUCUCAAAAACAUCAUGGUUUUGGCCUCACUGGUGUUCCCUUACAGAAAGUUUUCAUUGUUCCUCCAUUCUUCCAGAGUGAUUUCAUGUCAACGCUCGUGCGCUCUUCUAUCUCAAUUGCUUUUUUCUACUCACAUUGUCGGUGAUAAGCCGGUUCUUGUUCGGGAUUUCAUACACUCCGCAUUAUAUGAUCCAAAUCAUGGAUACUUCGCUCACCGGUCACGGUCGGUUGGAGUUCUGGAACACAGCAUUAAGUUCAAUCAACUUGAAGGCAGGAAAGCUUAUAUGAGGUACUUGGAUAAAAUUUACAAGCAGAGUGACAUAUCAUGGUUUACUCCAGUGGAGAUUUUUAAGCCUUGGUAUGCCCAUGGGAUUGCUGAAGCAAUCAUGCGUACUGCUAAUCUUUCUGUUCCACUAAAAAUAUAUGAAAUUGGUGGCGGAUCAGGAACGUGUGCAAAGGGGAUAAUGGAUUACAUAAUGUUGAAUGCACCUACAAGAGUUUACAACAAUAUGACUUAUAUCUCAGUGGAAAUAAGUCCAUCAUUAGCAGAGAUACAAAGACAAACUGUUGGAGAGGUUCGUAGUCACCAAUCAAAAUUCAGAGUAGAGUGCCGUGAUGCUGUUGACUUGAGUGGAUGGGGAGACGUGGAGGAGCAGCCAUGUUGGGUAAUUAUGCUUGAGGUACUAGACAAUCUUCCUCAUGAUCUUAUUUACUCAGAAAAUCAGGUUUCCUCAUGGAUGGAAGUAUGGGUAGAAAAGCAACUUGACAGGGAAUCACUUGUGGAAUUAUAUAAGCCACUGCAAGACCCUCUUAUUAAGCGUUGUCUAGAUAUUGUGAAUUUCACUGAAAAUGACCAUGCCAAAAGCAGUGUUUUAUCAAAGGCAAAAGGCAUUUGGUCUAAAGCUUUUCCAAAACCCAGAAGAUCUUGGCUACCAACUGGAUGCUUGAAUCUACUCGAAGUGUUGCAUCGUGUGCUACCAAAGAUGUCGUUAAUUGCCUCAGACUUUAGUUACUUACCUGAUGUGAGGAUAGCUGGUGAAAGAGCACCAUUAGUUUCAACCAAAGCAAAUGGAAGCAGCUCAGACUAUGAAAGCUAUUUAGAUGCAACGGGUGAUGCUGACAUCUUCUUCCCCACAGACUUUGUAUUACUGGAACAGAUUGACCAUUAUUGUUCUGGAUGGCUGAAAUUACAUGAAGAUAAAAAGCCAAAGAUGGGGAAAAAGAGGCGAACAAUAAUUCUUGACACUUCAUCUUUCAUGGAAGAGUUUGGAUUGCCAUCAAAGACGAGAUUGAAGGAUGAUUACAAUCCCCUUCUGGAUGACUUCAAGAACACUAAAUUUUAUCUCAGCGUUCCAACAUACAACAUCAAGUAGUAGAGGUAGUGAGGAGGCUUAGGACAAUUAUGUGAUGGAAAAUUUUGAAUUCUUUCUUUCUUUUCAUAGCGUUUUGUAUGCCUUAGAAAUCAGAACAUGGAAUCUCUUUAGACGAGAAAAAAGGUUAUCGAAAUUGAUAGUUGGGACGGGAUGAACAUCAUCAUCGAGUCGCCUCUAAAGCAGAAGAGUGGUUUGGAAGUUUUCUUUUCUGGACAUGGUAACGAUUGAAAUGCUGGAGAGAUCAUUUCCACGCAAGAGGUCAUAAACAUAUACUCUGAAAUAUUGAUUUUCAUCAGAUUUAAGAGGAGGAUGUCACCAGGUUCCGGGCCUUGGAGCGGGCACGGUUAUAGAGAUUCAGUUAUUUAAAAAAAUAGUGUGAAAUGAAAUGAAAAGGAGGAAAGUAGGCAGCUGCAACUGCAAUCACUGGGAGCAUCUAGUCAUGGAAGUAGUUAAUUUCAUGCAGAAGAGAGUUCUUUUUGUUUACUCAAAACUAAUUAUGGGAAAAUAAAAAGCAUCUAUUCAUUCUUUUGUAUGCCAUUUAAGCAAUGACUUUCUAUUUAUUUAUAAAGAAUGGGGAAUGACAAUGAAAUUAUCUUGUACUUGAA